AAAGGCUAUAAAUAGCUCACUCGAUGCUGCCGUACGUUUCCUUCUCGUCUCUCCUCUUCUACGGCGGAAGGAGGAGGUCAUCGGUUGCUCGUUUCUUCCAAGAACGCAUCGGUUGUUGGUUCACUCUGAAUAGUGGUUCCUGGCAAGGCUUGUAAGUUGAUUUUUCCAGUUUGAUUUCAUGUCGGUACUUUGGGGUUCUUAGCCAUCCUGCAAGUCGAGGUUUUUUUGUAUCAGCCAUAUUACCUUACAGUUUACAGAAUUUCAUAAUCCGUAUCCAAAGCACGACCUAACUUUUCUGAAUUGCAAGUGUGCAAGGUCAAAGCAGACAUGAUAUUUUCAAUUUUGCUUCAUGUGGUAAGGAGUAGAUUGAAAUAAGUACAUAUGCUCUGUAGAAAUGUUUUGUGGGCAAAUCAGAUCUCAGCAAGACGUAGGCAUGCUUAAGUGCUGUUGAGGACCAAAUGCAAUCUGAUAUACUCCAGAAACAAAGUUCUACAACCUAGGAAUAUUUGGUUGCUGUUAGUUUUUCUGUGUUGAUGGGAGAUUUGGAUGUGAUAUUCAAUCUAAAUAUGAGAUUUGUAUAAUCACGGUGAAUUACAUUUCUAGUGCCUAGGAGAAUACAUGGAGUGGAUGCUGGCUAUUAUUUCAGUGUAAUACAUUUAUAAUCACACAAGAUGAGAUGUUGUCAUUUUCUUAUAACAUUUGACCAUUAGUGAUGGAUUUUAACCGGGAGAACAUCAAGUGAGAAUUUGUUCAGGUAAAAACAUUUGCCAUUCAUUAAGAAAUUAGUGUGUAUGCAGUGAUCGAUGUGGAAGGAUCAUGGGAGCGUUCUCAGACAUACUGCUGCAGGUCCCAGACACAGGGCUGGCUCAUUGCAGUUUAUACUGCUUGGUUUUUUUUUUCCAACUGUAGAGGACCACACCAGCCAAGGCAGGUGUUGGUUACCAUCUUCCUGUCACCUCUACUGUAUGACGGAAUUAGAUGUAUGCUAAGCAUGUCUUCAAUAGAAGAAGAGGCAUAGUUGAGGCCGUUGAAGAUUUCAGAUAAUUGUUUUAGGAAUUAAAUAUGUUCUAUGGUUAGUUUUCCACCAAAGAAAUGGGCAUUAGUAAGCAAUCAGAUUGAACCCAAAUAACACCAUGCCGUACCUCAUAAAAAAAAUCUAUGUAACUCGGAUUAAAAUUUAUCUUUAUCAAUAUUUGGCUUGGAACUUUGUAAACCAUGUUAAUUAGAUUUAUUUUAUUAUUUAAGACAACAUUUUUUUCAAUAUCAAUGAGCAUUUCGUUGAUUGCUUUCUCUUUAUAUCAGUGUGUAACUUAAGAUUUGUAGGUCUUCGAAUAAAUGGUGAUGCACACAUUUGUUACAUCACCAGCACCAACAGUACAAUGGCCAGCUUUUCUUCAUUCCCAGAGAUUAUUAGAGAAAAGAAGGCUUCAACUCAGCCAGAAUGGUCAUGUACAUUCUGUUGCAUUUGCUAGAACAAUUUCUCCAUCCACAAGGCUACGUGUCGUGAAUUCGAACGCCACUUGUGCGGCAACUCAGACUGAAAAGCAAACUGCAAGAAGUCGAUCAUCGACGAUCUCAACCACUCCCACAAAAGAUACCCAGAAACCUAGGAAGCUUGACGAUGGGGGCCAGGGAUUCCCUCCAUGGUUUGGUGGCGGCGGAGGCGGUGGGGGAGGAGGCGGUGGGAGUUCAUCGGGGGGAUUUUUUUUGUUUUCUUUGUUACUAUUUUUUGAUUACUUGAAGGAGCUAGAGGGGGAUGACCCUUUCGAUGAUAGGGGAAGGAUGUACUAAUUAAUAUUUCAGAUACAUUCCACGGUAGCAUCGCAUCGCAUGCAUCCCUUUUCUUGUUGCAAGGAAUUUCUUUUUCAUGUAUAUUCCAUAUACCAGUUCGGAUCUUUUGAAUAAUUAAUAAUAUUCUAAUUUGCUGUUUGAUUCUA